CACAUUUAAAGUUCCUUUCUUGCUUGUGAGUACUCUCUGAUGUCUUCAGUGGGCAAGAGUGUCAUCGCUUUGUGCUAGGGGAUCUGACACAGCUGUCGCUCUUGGCCUUUUUUGGUGGGGAAGAGGAAGAGAUGGGCAUAAUUUUUUUCUUAAGAAGUCAACUGGUGUCUUUAACAUCUGAGCUUGUUAAAGACGGCUUGCUUCCCAGACAUGACUUUAUGAAGUGGAAAACAUAGAGAAGAGCAGGUGCUGCAAGAUUGUACUUGGAAAGUGUAUCUGAGACAAAAAAAAAAAGAGGAAAUUAACCUAUAUGCACCCCAACUAUAAGACUUAGACAUCAGGACCAAUUAUAGAAAGCAACAUGACAGAAGCUGAGAAGCAAGGUGCAGGGGACAAAUUUUGCUGCAUUUCCAAGCUGAAGGUAUUUCUGCUGGCACUAUCACUUGCAUUUGUUGGUAAAACAAUGUCAGGUGCUUACAUGAACAGCUUGUUUACACAGCUAGAGAAACAAUUUAAUAUUCCAGCUUCCUUAGUGGGGAUCAUUAAUGGAAGCUUUGAAAUAGGCAACUUGCUGCUGAUAGCAUUUGUGAGUUACUUUGGAGCAAAGCUUCACAGACCCAGAAUAAUUGCUUUGGGGUGCACAGUUAUGUCGUUUGGAUGUCUUUUAAUAUCAAUUCCUCAUUUCCUAUUUGGAAGGUAUCGUAUUGAAAGCAGCAUUUCACAACAGGAGAAUUUUUCAGUCAUGCCUCUCUGCCUUGUUAAUCAAAGUUUGUUCUCUUUACCUACAGAGGAGCCAUCAAGAGAAUGUGAAAAAGAGCCUGGGUCCUUGCUGUGGAUAUUUGUGAUGGUUGGAAACAUAGUACGUGGAAUGGGUGAAACUCCUAUCAUGCCUUUAGGAAUUUCAUAUUUGGAGGAUUUUGCCAAAGCAGAGAAUUCACCCUUCUAUCUGGGAUGUCUACAUACAGCAACUGUAAUUGGCCCUUUCCUUGGUUUGUUGUUGGCAUCAUUCUGUGCAGAACUGUUUGUUGAUCUGGGAUCGGUAGAUGCAGAGAAUAUAACUAUAGCAGCUACUGAUGCCCGCUGGGUUGGAGCUUGGUGGCUGGGCAUUUUGAUUUGUGCAUCACUGAAUCUUCUUGCGGGAAUACCUUUUUGGUUUUUGCCAAGGUCACUCUUGAGGGAAGGAGAAAGCAAUGAAUCUGUGGAGACAAGUAAAAAAAGUGUAGUACCAUUGCAAGAAAAUAAUAAAAAUGAAGCCAAACAGACUAUGUAUGAAAUUGCUAAAGAUUUCAUCCCCUUCCUCAAGGCUCUGCUUCACAACCCAGUUUAUAUGUUAUUUAUAUGCAUAACUGUGUUACAGUUCAAUGCCUUCAAUGGUAUGUUAUCAUUCAUGCCCAAAUAUGUGGAACAGCAGUUUGGAAAAUCUGCAUCAGAUGCCAUCUUUUUAAUUGGAGUUUACAACUUACCAGUUAUAUGUGUUGGGUAUUUUUUUGGAGGCUUAUUCAUGAAGAAAUUCAAGAUAAAUAUUUAUCUGGCUGCGAAAAUAGCAUUUUGGGUAUCUUUACUGGAAUACCUUCUCUACUUUGGUGCCUAUUGGACUAUCUGUGAUACUUCACCAGUUGCUGGCCUUACAAUUUCCUAUGAAGGAAUAGAACAAGUUUCUUACACAGAAAGUACUCUACUUGCUGGCUGCAACAGGGACUGUGAUUGCCCACUUAAAAUAUGGGACCCUGUUUGUGGGAACAAUGGAAUCACUUACAUGUCGCCUUGUCUUGCUGGGUGUAAAUCCUCAAGAGGAACUGGAAAGAGUAUGGUAUUUGAAAACUGCACCUGUGUUGCAGCCUCAGGGUUUUCAUCUCAAAAUAUCUCUGCAACUCUGGGCCAAUGUGAUGGAGAAGGAAACUGUGAGAAGAUGCUUCAUUAUUUUUUAAUAUUGUCAUUAGUCUGCAGCUUCAUUUUUUCCUUAGCAGCCAUGCCUGGAUACAUGGUCUUGAUAAGGUCUCUAACGCCUGAAGAAAAGUCAUUUGGAGUGGGCAUCCAUGGACUAGCUUCAAGAGUAUUUGCUGGAAUCCCAUCUCCCAUCUAUUUUGGAGCUUUGAUAGAUACGACUUGCUUAAAGUGGGGUACUAUGACUUGUGGUGGAGAAGGAGCAUGUAGGAUAUAUGACAUUGUCGCAUACAGGGGGCUCUAUCUCGGCCUGCCAGCAAUAUUACGUGGAGUGUCCUAUAUCCCAAGUGCAGUAAUUCUCCUUAUUUUAAAGAAGAAACUUAAAACUGAAAACCAAGUCUUAGUAAAUGCACCAGUAGAAAUGCAGGAUAAAGAACAAGAAGCAUUGAAAUAAUAUUUCAAAGCAAAGCAAGACAUACUGUGAAAAUGCCUUGCAGUGUAAAAUAUUUGUGAAAGAUUUCAUACUUUAGUGAACUUGGGCAGAGAUUAAUAGAAUUAUACAUAGAUGUAUCCUAAUUAUGUUAUUCAAAAAGUAUCAGCUUAUAAAGUACUGUAAAAAUGUGAUUAGUGCAAAAGAAUGAGAAGUAGAAAUAAGAAAACUUACAAAAUGCUAGGUUUGAGUUGCAUGAGCAAAGGACUGUGAAAUAAAUAAAAGCAUUACGUUUUCAGUCCCGGUUUCACUGAAGAUAAUGGGAGUUUUGCAACCGACUCCAGUGAUGCCAGAUGUCAUCUUGGAAUUCUACAAUGGCUACUGCCAAAGCCUCUUUCAUUGACAUUUUCAUUGUACCUGCUUUGGGCCUGAGUUUUCCAUAAAUUUAUUCAAUUACACUGUUGGUCCUUUCAGGCAAGGGCUGUUUGUUAUUCUGCAUAAUGUAGGUGGUUAAUAUAUUGGGAACAUGGCUUAUGACAUGGUUUGGUGCUGUGGUAACAAUAACAAAUAAAAAAAAGUUCAUUUUUUU